AAAACCGCAGCUCUCUUCAUUUUUUUUUUUUUUUUUUUAUAACUCUCUCCACCACUCGAUCGGUAGUCUCUUCACUCCCUCCCGUCGCCCAAAACCCGUUUCUAUCCGCGCUCUUGCUAUUCCGACCAUCUAACAUCUGGAGAGAGUAGCAAUGGCCGAUUAUUUCCAAAUAAACCCGCAAGAAUUGGAUGGUGAUGGAGAGCUCUGGAAACUUCUCCCCUCUGAUAUUUUCCCUUUUGAUCAUCAAAUUACCUCUUCCAACCUUAACCAUCCAACCUACUCCUGCUAUAACCACUACAACUACUCUCUUGCUCAGCAGCAGCUUUCAUGCAUGGGCUUUGAAGACCGCCUUUCUCAAAGCUUAGCUGCUCUCUCUUUUUCUCAAGAUUCUGGACUCAGCCCACCAUCACAUGGCUUCGUCACACCUCCUCCAAACUUGCGACGGUUUAGACCGGCGGUUCAGUGCGUUUGCCGUGCCGGUUCAUUACCCGUCCGGUGCCUUGUGUGCGAUGGAUGUCUGUCUGGAACUAACCAUGUCCGUACUGGGUUCAGAAAUGAAGCUUUUUCGACCGGUGAUCUACCGGUUUACCCCUGUCACUUUAUGAAUUCCAAUCCAAACCCGGUUCUUUCUCUGUCAGAACGCUUUAUUGAACAACAAAGACUAAUAAGGAGUUUUCUGGAGCGGCAGAGGCGGUCUACUGCGAAUCGGGUAGUGGAGAACCGGUUUGUUCCAUUUUCAGGCGGUUGUGGGGGAAAUAGGAUUGGUCACGGGACAGGAGAUUAUGGGGGGACGGGGGUUUUUCUACCUCGCAUACCAGCCAACAGCAGUUCCGCAACUUCAGCUGACCGUAUGAAUGAUCAUCCCAAGAGAAGACAGGGUAAGCCACCACGUUUUCUCUAAUUUGUAAUGGUCUUGGUUUUUAUUUUCCCCUUAAUUGUUUUUCUUUUCUAUAGACACGCAGACAUAUGCAU